UUCACGUGGUUUCCACAUGUUUCCUCCCAAAUUUCGUUUGGAAAAUGUGUUCGAGUUGCACGUUUUAAAUUUAUUAUCAAUAAUGAAUACGUUAGAAUUGUACUGUAUCAACACUGAAUAUGUUACAAUUAGAUAAGAUAAGGUAUUCUUAAUGUCGAUAUUGAUUAAUUAAAACGAUUCCAAAGUUAAGAAGUAAAUUUAGAUAACUUCAGAUGUAGGAAACUGUAGAUCUAUUUUAAAUUGCAUGUAUUAAGUAGAAAAAUUUGUUAAUUUUAAGUAUAAAAAAAUGCUAUCUGAUCUCCAGUUUGCUUCUCGAAGAAGUCCAGUUUUGGCAACUCGAGCCUGCGUGUCCAGUGAUGUUCCUAUUGUUUCCAAAAUUGGGAUUGAUAUUCUACAAGCUGGAGGAAAUGCGGCUGAUUCGGCCAUUGCCAUGGCAGCAGCUACGGCUGUUGUCGAACCAAAUUUUACUGGAUUGGGUGGAGAUUGCUUUGCUUUAUUUUACAGAUCUUCAGAUAAAAAAGUUUUGGGAAUAAAUGGAAAGAGUGCCAGUCUCACUAAAAGCAAAAUAGAAAUUUCAGCCUUUUCUCCAGGUAUGCCCAGAGAGAAGGCAAAAAGAAUAUCACUUAAAGAAAUUAUAUCUCCUGCUAUUAAACUUGCUGAAGAAGGAUUUCCAGUCACCCCAAUAAUUGGUCAAGAUUGGUAUGAUUACACACCUUAUCUGAAACAGACUAGGUUUGGAAAUGAUUUAUUAUUGAAUGGUAGGGCCCCAAAAAUUGGAGAAAUUAUAAAACUUCCAUUAAUUGCUCAGACAUUAAAGCAAAUUGCAGCUAAUGGAAAAGAAGGCUUUUAUACUGGUUAUAUAGCUAAAAAGAUAGCUGAAGAAGUACAAAUUGCUGGUGGAUGUAUGACUGUUGAGGAUUUAGAAGAUCAUUUAAAAAUUCCAUGCCGUAUAGUAGAACCAAUUAGCACCGAUUUUCAUGGAAUCAGAUUAUGGGAGAUCCCACCUGUUGGACAAGGAUUAAUUGCUCUUUUGAGUCUAAAUAUCUUGGAAGGAUUUGAUUUAAAAGCUAUGGGACACAAUUCAGCAGACUAUCUCCAUACUUUGGCAGAGACUUUCAGAUUAGCAUUUGCAGAUGGACGACAAUAUAUUGCGGAUCAUAAAAUUUCAAAAUUAGCUCAAUCUGUUUUGCUUGAUAAAAAUUAUGCUAGUAAACGGAAAUCUGUCAUCAAAGCUAAUAGUGUUUUAUCUCUUGCACAUCCUGGAGAUCUUUUUGACAGUGAUUCAAAUACCACUUACGUUUCAGUGGUAGAUGAAGAAGGAAAUGCUUGUUCAUUUAUUAGUAGUGUAUAUCAGAGUUUUGGUUCUGGCAUUGUGCCUGAAGGAUGUGGAUUCCCUUUAAAUAACAGAGGGCUGAAUUUUUCUUUGCAAUUUGAUCAUCCAAAUGUAUUUGGACCAGCAAAAUUUCCUUAUCACACUAUUAUUCCAGCAAUGUUGACUGAACCUGAAAGUAAUAAUUUAUUAGCUUCUUAUGGAGUAGUUGGAAAAUUUAUGCAACCACAAGGACAAGUACAGAUGCUGUUAAACAUGUUGAUAUUUGGAAUGGAUCCCCAGACAGCUUUAGACAAGCCAAGAUUAUUUGUUAAUACAGAAUUCUAUCAAGAAAAGCCCUAUACAGUAUGGUUAGAAGAUGGAAUAGCUUCAGAAGUAAAAGAAAAAUUACAGUCUUUUGGACAUAAUAUAAAAUAUCCAGUGCAAGGUUUUGAUCGAACACGAUUUGGCAGAGGGCACAUCAUUACUCGAGGCACUUGGUGGAAUAGAUCAGAAAGCUCUUCUGAUAAUGUUCUGUGGGUUGGAUGUGAUCCUAGAACUGAUGGUUUGGCUCUGGGUUAUUAAUAGUUAAUAUGGAAGUUCUAUAUAAUAGUAUAUCAUUACAUUUGAGACAUGUAUUGUUAUAUUAAUUUUGUAAAAUCUUGCAAAGAUGUUGAUUUUUGCAUAUUUUUAUUAUAUAUUGUUUAAAAAUAUA